AUCUCCGUUAUUUUUGUUGACAAAAUUUUCGGGUAAACCCGAACGCCCACCCGUCGCCAAGCCCCCGUCCGCCGUCGCCGACCCGCAGUCUCCCUCCCCUCCGCCCUCCCAUCCACCCGAAACCACCCCGCACUGCCGCCGCCGCCAACCCCCUCCUCCUCUCCUGUCACCCCCCGGCUUGCCUGUGUCGCCAAUACCCAGCGGCGCCAAUCGACCCAAAGCGAGGGCCAAGGAGGCGACGACGCCCGCGCCCCUAAAACCCUAGAGGGUUUCCCGUGGCGAUUGAGCCAAGAACCGGCGAGUUCGCGCGCCUGGGCCGGGCUUUUCCCGGCCAGGACUGACAUGUCGUCGGACAUCAGGAAAUGGUUCAUGAAGCCGCACGACAAGAAUGCCGGUGCGGCCAAGCCCUCUGCCGCCGGCGCCGCGCCGCCGGCGGCCAAGAAGCCCGUGCUCAGCAUCCCCGAGAAGGCUGCGACAUCUUCGGUGUCUGGCAAUCAAGAUGCUUCAGCUAGAAGGAAGACAAGCAAGUACUUUGCACCCAAAACAGAAAAAGAUGCAGAUGUUGCUGAGAAGAGUUCUUCUAAAAGAAAACUUCAGAAAAGCAGCGAGGACCUUGAGGAUGACAUCAAGCCUUUCGCAGCAAACAAGGCCCUUAAGGAUGAAGAAGACGACGACGACGACUUUGUGGCGCCUUCGAAAAAGAAAACUCCAGUGAAGCCACCACCAUUAAAGAAGUUGAAGGCUGCAUCUAAUGAUGAUGACCAGGACGAAAGGAUGGAUGAAGAUGCCGAGACCCCUUCCAAAGCAGCUGGAAGGGGAAGGGGAAGGGGAGGAAGAGGAGCAGGAGCAGCCCAUGGAAAGACUACGAGUCAUGAUGAUGGUGGUGGGGAGGACAGGAUGGAUGAAGAUGCUAAGACCCCUUCCAAAGCAGCUGGAAGGGGAAGAGGAAGGGGAAGGGGAAGGGUUGGAAGAGGAGGAGGAAUGGCUCAUGGGAAGACUACUAGUGGUCUUGAUGAUGAUGGUGAGGAGGAUAGGAUGGAUGAAGAUGACAAGACCCCUUCCAAAGCAGCUGCAAGGGGAAGAGGAGGCAGAGGAGCAGGAGCUACUCCUGGGGGAAGAGGUAGAGGAGGGGGUGGGAGAGGUUUCAUGAAUUUUGGUGAAAGGAAGGAUCCCCCUCACAAAGGGGAGAAGGAAGUCCCAGAGGGUGCCCCUGACUGUUUAGCUGGUCUGACAUUUGUCAUAAGUGGUACCCUUGACAGUCUUGAACGGGAGGAAGCAGGUGAUCUAAUAAAGCGUUACGGGGGACGUGUUACCGGUUCAAUUAGUAAAAAGACGAGUUACCUAUUGGCUGAUGAAGAUAUUGGGGGAGUGAAAUCUAAUAAAGCAAAAGAUCUGGGAGUCCCGUUCUUGACUGAAGAUGGUUUAUUUGAUAUGAUCCGGAAAUCAAAGCCUGCAAAGGCUCCUGUAAACAAACAUGAAGGUAACAGCAAUUCAGAAAAGCUACUGAAGUCACAGACGAAGAGCUCUCCAGUUAAAGCUGAAAGAAGAGCUGUCGAUCAAGUCGGUACCAUGGGCAAGAGUACUCCCUCAAAGAGUAAUAAAGAAAGCAACUCCACCAACAACCAAAAGGUCAAGGUUGUUGACCGCGGUUCUUUGCAAUGGACAGAGAAAUAUCGGCCAAAAGUUCCAAACGACAUAGUUGGCAACCAAUCAAUGGUUAAACAAAUUCAUGAUUGGUUGAAAAGUUGGGAGGAUCAAUUCCUUCAUUCUGGCCAAAAGGGCAAAGGAAAGAAGCAGGCUGAUGGUGGAGCUAAAAAAGCUGUAUUGCUGAGUGGACCUCCAGGUAUUGGUAAGACUACAACUGCAAAAGUUGUUAGUCAGAUGCUUGGAUUGCAGGCCAUUGAGGUUAAUGCAAGUGAUAGCCGUGGUAAAGCAGACUCCAAGAUCGAGAAAGGUGUUGGGGGGAGCACAUCAAAUUCUAUCAAAGAGCUUAUCAGCAAUGCUACUCUGAAUUAUAGUGACAACCGGACAAAGAAGCCUAAGGCUGUACUCAUCAUGGACGAAGUUGACGGUAUGUCUGCUGGUGAUAGAGGUGGAGUUGCUGAUCUUAUUGCCAGCAUCAAGAUAUCGAAGAUUCCUAUAGUUUGCAUUUGUAAUGAUCGUUAUAGCCAGAAGCUGAAGAGCCUUGUAAAUUACUGUUUGCUACUCAACUUCAGGAAACCAACAAAGCAGCAGAUGGGCAAGAGGUUGAUGGAGAUUGCCAGAAAAGAAGGCAUUCAAGCUCAAGAGAAUGCAAUGGAAGAGCUUGCAGAAAGAGUACAUGGGGAUAUUCGCAUGGCACUCAACCAUUUGCAAUAUAUGAGUCUCUCUCAGUCUGUGGUCAAAUAUGAUGAUAUAAGGUUGCGUCUUAAUAGUAGCUCAAAAGAUGAAGAUAUCUCUCCCUUCACGGCUGUGGACAAGCUAUUUGGUUUCAAUGGUGGGAGACUAAGGAUGGAUGAGAGAAUCGACUUGAGCAUGAGCGAUCCUGAUUUAGUUCCCCUUAUUAUCCAGGAAAAUUAUAUCAAUUAUCGGCCUAGUGCCGCUGGGAAGGAUGACAGUGGUGUUAAAAGAAUGAAUUAUCUUGCCCGUGCCGCUGAGUCUAUAGCGGACGGUGAUAUUGUUAAUGUGCAAAUAAGAAGAUAUCGACAGUGGCAGCUGUCCCAAGCUGCUUGUUUGGCUUCAUCAAUAGUACCUGCUGCUUUGAUGCAUGGAAAUAGAGAAGUCCUUGAAGCAGGUGAACGAAACUUUAAUAGGUUUGGUGGAUGGUUGGGCAAGUACUCAACUACUAACAAAAACAAAAGGCUACUGGAAGAUGUCCAUAGUCAUAUUCUUGCAUCACAGCAAGCUAAUUUGGAUAGGGAGGCGUUGAGGCUCGAUUAUCUCACUCUUCUCUUGAGACAGUUGACUGACCCACUGAAGACAAUGCCUAAGGAGGAGGCUGUCCAAAAGGUGGUGGAGUUUAUGGAUACCUACUCUUUAAGCCAGGAAGACUUUGACACGCUUGUUGAAUUAUCUAAAUUUAAGGGCCAUCCAAAUCCUAUGGAUGGUAUUCAACCAGCUGUUAAAAGUGCCUUGACGAAGGCAUACAAACAAGGAAGUAGCUCUCGUGUUGUUCGAUCAGCAGAUCUAAUAAAUAUCCCUGGCAUGAAAAAAACUUUAAAGAAACGAGUGGCAGCAAUCCUGGAGCCAUUGGAUGAGAGUUUGCCUGAAGAAACUGGAGUAGCAUCUGCAGAAGGUGAUGAAGAGGAAUUGUCUGAUGCUGAAAAUGAUGAUGAACUUGUGCCUGGUGACUCGAAGCCAAAACUGGACCUGCAGAGUGAUAAUAAGAAAGGAAUUCAAGUGCAGCUCAACCUGAAGAGCAAUGGCAACGGGUCGAGCGCAAAGAAGGCGCCAGCAGCAAGAUCAAAAGCUCCUGGGUCUGCAGGGAAGGCUGUCGGAGGCUCAGGCGGGAAGCGGAAGAGGUAGCCUACCGCCGCCGCACAGUAAGUGUCUAAUGAUGACUGGCUGGAAGCAACAGACCCCAGAUAGUUGGUGGUCUCGUGUUUGGUUUCUCCUGUUACCCCAGUUGUUCCCAUUUGUAGGGAAAACCUGUUUGCUUGCACUUCAUUUGCUCUUGUGUUUCUCGCCGCUGCCGGAGGGGCUUGUUUAGCGUGUGAGCUUUUUCUCCUGACGCAAUCCGCUCUGAAUCUGAAACGGUUAGGUGUGUGUAUUUUUCAGAGAUGUAAACCUGAAACUAGAGAACAUCUGGAUGCCUGGUUCUGCCUGUUCCCACUGAAUGCUCGUCUAGCUUGCUGUAGAUAACAUGGUUGUAACACGCGAAAGGACGAACAUGCAAUCUGCUGUGAUCUUC